AUGCCUGGCGUUCCUUCUAACAAGGCGUGCGAACGGUGUAAAAAGAGACAUUUGAAGUGUGAUGAGACUCGUCCACAUUGCCAACGUUGCACUUCUGCUGGUGUGGAGUGCCCUGGGUAUGUGCAAACUCGCAAAUUCAUUGACCAAGGAGCUACGGGAGAAGCCGAUAUACAUGAAAUUCAAAAUCAGCCCGACGCACAGGGUGAUCAAACAUCAGUCAUCUCAGGAGAGGAUGGUCAAAUCACCUUCCAGAUGGAAGAAGCCGGACCGCAGUCACAAAUCAAUCCAAUAGCAGAGGGAUCUAUCAAUUCUUCAAUAUCGCCCAAUAUCGAGAUGCAUCCAAGUCCUGGAAAUGGAAAUUCGUACAACGCAAACUCAAUCUCAACUGAUCAUCAACGACUGAACUCUUCGGAGACGCCCUCUCAACGAAGCGAAAAGGAAGAGUUUCAAGAUAUUUUCUCGGAUCUCAUGACUGGCACCGAACAUGAGAUCGCUUUUCUCAUUCGUCAUUAUGCAGACGUUAUAUCACCCUGGAUUGACUUAUCCGAUACUGGAAAAUUCUUUUCCGUCUACGUUCCUAUUAGAGCUAUCAAUUGUCCAUCGCUUAAAUUCGCCAUCGCCUCAUUGGCAGCAAAGCAGCUAGGUCGAGUCAAGGGCGCAAAAUCAUCCACUUGGAAUGGCAUGUUCACUACUCCUGCUACGACCGAGUUGUAUCCAAAUGCAGCCCAGGUUGAAUGGUUUCUCAAGGCUGCAAACUACUACUACAUGGCGGCAUCUGAUCUCAGCAAUAGUUGUUCUGGUGGCUAUACUGCGGUCUCCAGCUCAGCUGUUUUGGAAUCACCAAUCAAGACGGUCGGGCGAUGGCUCAAUUCUCUUACAACGAAAGAACUAACAGAAGAAGGGUCCAAUGAUGGAAGCCUUUUGCGAAAAGCGGAGGAUAUGCUCGCGACUGUCACCCUUCUAACACUAUAUAGACUGCUAGAUACCCCCUGUGAGGAAAUGACCAACUAUCUUUCGGGAAUCCGGGCCUUGUUUGAAUCAUUUCUGCGUUUGAAAUUGUCAGGGCCAACCACUUUUUCUCAUGGGGUUCGUGCUUCCUUUUGGUACUUUGCUCGGCAAGACUACAUGGGGUCUUACUUCACAAGAUCAACGACCCAUUUCAACCCUGCCGAUCUAUCCUUAUGGCGCGCAGCUGGGAUUUCUAUUGAUGAUCAAAGCAAAUUUCAAAUGGGAUCCACUCAUAUGACUCAAGAGGAUCAAGCAGCGAACGCCCUUUCAUGGCUCGUCUCAAAGGUCGUCAACUUUUUAGCUCGGUCGAAGGAGUCACAGAUUGCUCAGUGGACAGGCUCCCCACCAUCUAUCUCGCCCGGUGGAGUUCAGGAUACUGUUUCCACAAAUACUUGGCUAGAUCUUUCCUUCGAGUUUCAAGUCUGGUUCGAAGGUGUUCCAGAGACCUUUCGUCCUUGCAUACGAAUUGAGAAUCCUAGAACCGAGGUUUUUUAUAGCCUCCCAACCUGUGCGGCCGCCAUGCAGCAUUAUCACUUUGGGCGGAUUGCACUCUUGUUGAAUCGACCUCCGGAUACGGUGAGUGCACCCAGCACGGCAUUUGAUCGCUUGCAAGGAUAUCGGGAGGUCACAAAAGAGGUAGAAUAUCGAAGUCGAGAGGUCUUUGGUAUCGCUCUGGGACGGCCUCGUGGAGAGGUUCGCAUUUAUAUGACUCCCCUAUUAUUCGCAGUGGGCCAGUGUCUGGAGAGUUUGGAAGAGCAUCAGAUCAUAGUGGAUCUUCUGCGUGGUUUGGAAGCGGAUUUCGGUUGGGCGACUGAAUCUGUUGUUCAGAAGCUACAAUCUCUGUGGGAUCAAGCAUGA